AUGGGAUCCGUCGAAUCGUCCAAACAGGCAGAUCUGAAAUCGAUCUCGCUGGCGGGACUUCUUGCCGGGAACGACGAUGUUGUGAACGACCUUGUUUCCGCUUGCAAAGAAAAUGGAUUCUUUUACCUUGAUUUCCGUCACGAGUCCACAUGUGACAUCUUGAAGCUUGUCGACGACCUCGCUGCUAUUGGCAAGUCAGUUUUCAAGCUGCCACUAGAAGAGAAAGAACAAUAUAGCACCGAGAAAUAUCUACCAUCAAGACUUUUCGGCUACAAAAGAGUCGGGUGCUCCGUUGGACCAUUUGCCGGGAAGAAAGACGGCUAUGAGAGCUUCUCGAUCCACAAUAAUGGAAUCUUUGGGGAGGAUACCAUCAAUGCUCCUCCAGCCAUUGAUGAAAACUUGUCCCUAUUCGAGACAUUCAUGAGCGAGGUUCAUCAGUAUACUGAUUGCAUCCUGUCAAAUCUGUCUAAAGCGCUGGAGCUUCCGUAUGACUUGAAGGACUGUCACCGGAAGGAUAAGCCAUCGUCUGCAAACAUGGCUAUGUUGCAGUACCUAGCUUGGGGAAGCAGUCAUGACCAGAUCGGGAACAUGGCACAUACUGAUAUGGGAACUUUAACGGUUGUUUUCUCCCAGUCGGAUGGCUUGCAGGCUAUGCUGCCCGGAGAUGGGGAGUGGUCUUUUAUUCCACCGCGAGCUGGCCACGCCGUUGUGAAUGUCGGAGACUCGUUGCGUUUUCUUUCCAAUGGUGUAUUGGCCUCAUCUCUUCACCGCGUGGUACCUCCACCCGACUCAACAGGUCAGGACAAGUUCUCCGUGAUUUAUUUCUUGCGGCCAGAAUUCGAUGCCAAGUUUACUACCCAUGAUGGAAAGCAGAUGAACAGUGUGGAGUGGCAUAAUCAAAAAUACGCCCUGUUCAGAGAAGCGAGCCUGGAUGCCAAGCAGCAUGGUGCCAUGCUGACGGGACGCAACGAGUAUCUUGGCUCCACUGAUCAGUGA